AUGAAAAGCGAUUGGAGAGGCAUACUGAGAUGCAUGGAAGAGAGGGGGAAGAAAGACGAGAACCUGGCAUGGACCCUACCGGAUCUAAAAUCUUUGGAAUUCAUCGCGGACGAGGUCAGGACGCAGGGCAUCGACAGGGUCACCAGUGUUGGAUCCGGCUCCGGUCUCUUCGAAUGGCUUCUGCAUAAAGCCACAGAUGUGACCCGGUUCCGGGAAACAUCAGGAGAUUCCAGCCCAGAGGCUGGUGGGAAGAUGUUCUACUAUCCAUUUGGCGCUAUGGCUCCAUUUCGUCUCACCGCGAAGAUUCCAGAUCCGACGGGCAAUACGAUCAGUGCGAGUCGAUGCCUCCUGCAAGGCAGAGUUAUCAAACUCCGAAGGACGACCGGUGCGUGGCUGGUCUUCCAGGCUUUCAUUUCCUUUCUGGAAGCGACUGUACCAAUCAUAGGCAGUGCUCUUGGACACAGUGUCCGGGCCAAACGCGGUAUUGAUGUCAGCGAUGGAAUUGGCUGCCUUCUUCUUGAUUCGGAAGUCAUAAAGAAGAAGCAGGCGAACUUGCUCCUUAGCCUGCAAGUAGACGGAAUUGAAGUUGAUCGUGGCUGGUGGGAAUCCGAACAUAGCUUGACACCUUUCAUCCCUCUCUUAUUUGCCGAUGAAGAUUCGUGGACCGUGGACCACACCUCGGCCUUCUUCACGUGCUAUUUCAACAACUUCGCAGUAUUCUAUGACUACCUGCAACACUACUCAGGUCCAAGCCUCAUCAUCGUCGGUCCUGAUCUACCAGGGACCACUUUUAGUUCUCCAGGACCCUACGAUCUCUGCUCUCAUCCCGAUUGGACCAUGGCUCGAGUGCAUACCAUGACGUUAUCACAAGAAGAGUAA